ACGUCCGGUUCCGUACUCUAUUUUGCUCUGUCAGAACAACUUUCAUUUUCGAUUGUAUUGUUUAGAAGAGCAAGUUUGCCUGAGAUUGAACACAGAGAGAUAGGCUGUUUUACAAAAUUGAACCAGAUCAUGGCUUCUUAUUUUGAUGAACAUGAUUGCCAACCCUUGGAGGACGGUCAGACACCCAACCACGCCUUACACCUCGCUCGGCUCUUGCUGGACUCUGGGCUGGCGGCAGAAUGGGACAUGGAAUACAACAGAUUUUUUGGAGGGGAAGGAAGAGCUCCACCAGCCUCAAAGAAAGCUGUGGCAGAACUAGAGACCAAACUUGUUUCUCCAACUAUUGCAGCUCUUGGCAAGAAAUGCCCUAUCUGCUUGUUGGAAUUUGACGAGGAAGAUGAAGUGAAAAUCAUGCCCUGUGGACAUCAGUUUCAUAGCGGGUGUAUUUUACCAUGGUUGAGCAAAGUUAAUUCCUGCCCUAUGUGUCGAUAUGAGCUGCCUACUGAUGAUCCACAAUAUGAAGAAUUCAAGAAGCAUCAGGCACGGGCGAAACAGAGAGAGUUUGAACUAAACUCCCUGCACGACUCUAUGUUUGGUUAGAGCCCACUUCAGCGUGAUCAUGACCAGUGUAGAGGAGAGUGCACUUGACACCUUGAGAGCUCAACAGAGUGUAAAGGAUGUGUGUGUGUGCGUGCGUGUGUGUGUGUGAAAGAGAGAGAGAGAGAGAGAGAGAGAGAAUUCUCAUUACACUGAAGGAGACUGCGAAAAACAACCUCAAUGUGGUUUAUUGUAGAUCAAAAGGAUUUGCCAAGGACACCCUCUGCUCCCUUAUACAGUCAAAUCUGUGUAAGACGGCCGCCCAAUGUCAAGGAGAAAAGUGGCUGUAUGAGACAGGUGGCCAUCUGAGGCAGGACUGAUCAAGAUGAAGAAAACAAACCAUUUACUUCUGAGUUCCCAAUCGAAAGUAGCCUCAUUGUUGCUGUUGUUGUUGUUGUUGGUUUGUAUUUUAAAAAAAAUUUUGUUGCUGAUUUUGCCCAAGGGUGACAAUAUAACGAACGACGCUUCUGUCACAAGUUCAUGUUGCUUUGUUACAGACUGGGUAAACAGUGACCACUCAUCUCACUUACGAUUUGUGUAUGAGUUCUGGGUGGGGCUUUUGGGUUAUGAGGGAUCACAGGCUUACCUCACCCACCAGCAACUGAAAAUUGGUGGGCCUACCUAUUGGUCAACAGUGAGGGGGGGGGGCCUACGCGACAUGAUCGGUUGGAGGGACUACCUAACAACAACGACAGGUGAUUGGAUUAUGACGGCUCGCCCACAACACCAGGCGCAAAUACAUGAUAAAUGGCAAAACGUAAUGGAGUCACUAAGGAGGCCGUCUGAGACGGGUGUUAUUGCUUAGUGUGAUAGGGGUUGUGUGUUACAAUAUGGUGAUCGCGUUGGACAGGUGCCAGUUUUACACAGUUAAAUUAAAUAGAAAAAGCGCAAGGGGGGGGAAUGGAAAUUGUCCGUUUGUACAGGUGGCCGUCUUAUAGAGGUGGCUGUCAGGGCAGAUUCGACUAUACUUAUACUGUUCUAGAAAAAGUAAAUGAGGUCUCUGAUUUGAUUAAUGCUUUUAAAAAUCGAUUCACAGUUUUUGUAUUCAAUAUGGAUAUUGGAAACUCUAGCCUUUACAGCUAUUGUGAAAAGAAGAGUGUCAUGCUAUUUAUCACUUUAUUUGAAAUAAUAUUGCGAAAAGUUGGAAGAGAUCAACAUUCAUUUACAAAGGUGACAUUGCAUGCUGUGAUCAAGUAGAAUUUUCAUGGAUACGCAUGAAGUAAUUUUUAGUCGUUAUGAUUUAUUUAUCUAUGUUUUUGCUCACUGGUUCUAUAUAUGUUAGAGACAUGUCAGUGAAAAGGGAUAGUGUCAGAUAUAAUGACAAAAACAUAUGUAGCUCCCCUGCCUUUUGUUCAAAGGUAAGUACAUCCCCUUCUUGCUGGGUGUACUGAUGUUUUCAGAAAAGGCUUCCAAAUUGUAGAAAAUAAUGCACUUCACUUUCACUGCAAGCAGAGAGAAAAACAUGAUCAUAUGACUUGUUUCUGGGAAUUUUUCCUUUAGGAAUGUUCAUGAGUUGUGUGUCUUUGAAUACGUUAUGUAUCUCAGUCCACAUUUAAACACAUAAGCUUCCUUUGACCAACAGAUGAUAGAUUUAAUAGUUUUUCUAGAUCAGCUUGAGGUCUUUGAUUUGUAUUGACCGUAUAAUUGUAUCUACAAUAAAAUGACAAUCAUUUGUAUACAAC